AUUCCCACCAUGACAGAUUUAGCAAACUGCAGCUGAGAAGUUAGACUAGUUCAUACUUUCUCCUGCUUGUGUUGGGAGAAAGCUAUUGUUUUCACUGGAUCACUGGCAUGUUAAUUAUUUUGAUGCCAAAACGCAAACAGUUUUGCUGCUCUUUGUAUUUCCAAUCAAAGAAUGCAGGCAAGGACAAUCAGAAAUCCUAAAAAAGACCUUAUUAUAGAGUCUCCACAGCAGCGCAAGGAUGCAGGUCUUUGUGAAGCAGAAGCGGACAGUCCUGUGGUAGUACUGGCAAAACCAAAACUCAUAGAACCAAUAGACUAUGAAAAUGUCAUCGUUCAGAGGAAAACACAGAUUUUGAAUGAUGCCUUACGUGAGAUGCUGCUGUUCCCUUAUGAUGACUUUCAGACAGCGUUACUGAAACGACAGAGUCGAUACAUUCACUCAACAGUUCCUGAAAAUGCAGAGAAGGAAGCUCAGAGCUUAUUUGUUACUGAGUGCAUCAGAACCUACAAUUCAGACUGGCACGUUGUUAACUAUAAAUAUGAAGAUUACUCAGCAGAGUUUCGACAGCUUCCAAAUAAAGUGACAAAACCGGAGAAGCUUCCAGUGCAUUUGUAUGAAGUGGAUGAAGAAGCAGAUAAAGACGAGGAUGCAGCAUCUCUUGGGUCUCAGAAAGGUGGAAUAACAAAACAAGGAUGGCUGUACAAAGGCAACAUGAAUAGUGCAAUCAGUGUGACAAUGAGAUCAUUUAAAAGAAGAUUUUUCCACUUAAUCCAACUUGGUGAUGGAUCCUAUAAUCUCAAUUUCUACAAAGAUGAAAAAAUAUCAAAAGAACCAAAGGGAUCUAUAUUUCUGGAUUCAUGCAUGGGAGUGGUUCAGAACAAUAAAGUCAGACGUUUUGCAUUUGAACUCAAGAUGCAAGACAAGAGUAGUUACCUUUUAGCUGCAGACAGUGAACUUGAAAUGGAAGAAUGGAUAAACACUCUGAACAAAAUCCUUCAGCUUAACUUUGAGGCUGCAAUGCAAGAAAAGAGAAAUGGAGAAUCUCAUGAAGAUGAUGAACAAAGCAAGAUGGAAAGCUCAUCAAGUAGUUUUGACAGUUAUUAUCCUGAAAUUACAAAGAGUACCAGAGAAGCAGAAAUCAAGCUGAAAAGUGAAAGCAGAGUUAAACUUUUUGCCUUGGAUCCAGAUGCACAGAAACUCGACUUUUCUGGUAUUGAACCAGAAGUGAAGCCAUUUGAAGAGAAAUUUGGAAAAAAAAUACUUGUGAAGUGUAAUGAUUUAUCUUUCAAUUUGCAAAGCUGUGUUGCUGAAAAUGAAGAAGGACCAACAACAAAUGUGGAACCUUUCUUUGUCACAUUAUCACUGUUUGAUAUCAAAAUCAAUCGGAAGAUUUCAGCAGAUUUCCAUGUUGAUUUGAACCACAACUCAGUACGGCACAUGAUAAGCAGCGCUCCUCAACAAAUGAUGAAUGGCAGUGGUGAUGGUUCACACAGGAUUCAGGACGCUUAUGAAACAAUGUUACAGUAUCCAAAGCAGGGAAUAUUCUCAGUCACAUGUCCUCAUCCAGACAUUUUCCUUGUGGCUAGAAUAGAAAAAGUAUUACAGGGAAGUAUUACACACUGUGCUGAACCAUACAUGAAAAGUUCAGAUUCUGCAAAGGUUGCACAGAAAGUUUUGAAAAAUGCUAAGCAGGCAUGCCAGAGAUUAGGUCAAUACAGAAUGCCUUUUGCCUGGGCAGCCAGGACAUUAUUUAAAGAUGCCUCAGGAAUGCUGGACAAAAAUGCAAGAUUUUCUCCUCUGUUCAGACAAGACAGUAAUAAGCUUUCAAAUGAAGACAUGCUGAAAUUGUUAGCAGAUUUCAGGAAACCUGAAAAGAUGGCCAAGCUUCCUGUUAUUUUAGGAAAUUUGGAUGUUACAAUUGAUAAUGUGUCACCAGAUUUUUCAAAUUAUGUAAAUUCAUCAUACAUUCCCAUGAAACAGUUUGAAAGCAGUACCAAGACACUAAUAACAUUUGAAAUAGAGGAAUUUGUUCCCUGUAUACCAAAACACACUCAGCCGUUCACCAUCUACAACAAUCAUCUUUAUGUUUACCCAAAGCAUUUGAAAUAUGACAGUCAAAAGUCCUUUGCAAAGGCUAGAAAUAUUGCAGUAUGCAUUGAGUUCAAGGAUUCUGAUGAAGAGGAUUCUUUGCCUUUAAAGUGUAUCUAUGGUAGACCAGGUGGACCAGUAUUUACUAGAAGUGCGUUUGCUGCUGUUUUGCAUCACCACCAAAAUCCAGAGUUUUACGAUGAGAUUAAAAUAGAGUUGCCCACUCAGUUGCAUGAAAAGCAUCAUUUGUUGUUCACCUUCUACCACGUCAGCUGUGACAAUUCAAGCAAAGGGAGUACAAAGAAGAAAGAUGUUGUUGAAACACAAGUUGGCUAUUCCUGGCUUCCACUAAUAAAAGAUGGAAGAGUGGUGACAAAUGACCAACACAUUCCAGUGUCAGCAAAUCUUCCAUCAGGCUAUCUUAGUUAUCAAGAAGUGGGGGUUGGAAAGCAUUCUGGUCCUGAAAUUAAAUGGGUAGAUGGAGGCAAACAACUGUUAAAAAUAUCCACUCAUCUAGUGUCAACUGUGUAUACUCAGGACCAGCAUUUGCAUAAUUUUUUUCAGUACUGCCAGAAAACUGAAUCUGGAGCUCGUGCACUAGGAACCGAACUUGUAAAAUAUCUCAAGAGUCUUCAUGCUAUGGAAGGCCAUGUGAUGAUAGCUUUCCUGCCAACUGUUCUCAACCAGUUGUUUAGGGUUCUUACUAGAGCAACCCAAGAGGAAGUUGCAGUCAAUGUGACAAGGGUCAUUAUCCAUAUUGUUGCUCAGUGUCAUGAAGAAGGCUUGGAUAGCUACUUAAGGUCUUAUGUCAAGUAUGCUUAUAAAGCUGAACCCUAUGUUGCUUCUGAGUAUAAGACAGUACAUGAAGAACUGACAAAGUCAAUGACAACAAUUCUGAAGCCAUCUGCUGACUUCCUUACAAGCAACAAGCUACUUAAGUAUUCAUGGUUUUUCUUUGAAGUUCUGAUAAAAUCAAUGGCUCAGCAUUUGAUAGAAAAUUCUAAAGUGAAGUUGUUGCGAAACCAGAGGUUUUCAGCUUCCUUCCAUCAUGCAGUUGAAACCGUUGUCAAUAUGUUAAUGCCACACAUUACUCAGAAGUACAGAGACAAUCCAGAGGCUUCAAAAAAUGCAAACCAUAGCCUUGCUGCCUUCAUAAAAAGGUGUUUUACUUUUAUGGAUAGAGGUUUUGUUUUCAAGCAAAUCAAUAAUUACAUCAGCUGCUUUGCACCAGGAGAUCCAAAGACACUUUUUGAAUUCAAAUUUGAAUUUCUCCGUGUAGUUUGUAAUCAUGAGCACUACAUACCUUUGAAUCUACCAAUGCCAUUUGGAAAAGGCAGAGUUCAGAGAUACCAAGACCUCCAGCUGGAUUAUUCAUUAACAGAUGAGUUCUGUAAGAAUCACUUCUUAGUGGGGCUGCUUCUAAGGGAGGUGGGAAAUGCAUUGCAAGAGUUCAGAGAAGUGCGUCAGAUUGCUAUUAGUGUGCUCAAGAAUUUGAUGAUAAAGCAUUCUUUUGAUGAUAGAUAUGCUUCCAGGGUCCAUCAAGCACGAAUAGCCACUAUGUACUUGCCACUCUUUGGAUUGCUUAUAGAAAAUGUCCAACGAAUCAAUGUUAAAGAUGUGUCUCCAUUUCCUGUUAAUCCUUCCAGUAAUAGUGGAAAGGAUGAUGGGCUAAAUUUGCCGACUGCAAAUCAGCUGGUAACACCACAAAAAGCAGUAAACACAUUGGAUAAUAACCUUCCUAAAGAUCUGUUUGGUGUUAUCUCUGGCAUUGCUUCUCCAUAUACUACUUCAACUCCGAAUAUUAAUUGUGUGAGGAAUGCUGACUCAAGAGGCUCUCUUAUAAGUACAGACUCAGGAAACAGUCUUCCUGAAAGACACAGUGACAAAAGCAAUUCUCUUGACAAGAACCAACAGAGCAGCACUUUGGGAAGUUCUGUAGUUCGAUAUGACAAACUUGACCAAGCAGAGAUCAAGAGUCUGCUUAUGUGUUUCCUUCAUAUCUUGAGAAGUAUGUCAGAAGAUGCGUUGUUUACUUAUUGGAACAAGGCUACGAAAUCUGAACUCAUGGACUUCUUCACAAUUACAGAAGUGUGCUUACAUCAGUUCCAGUACAUGGGAAAACGAUACAUAGCCAGGAACCAGGAGGGGUUGGGAUCCAUAGUUCAUGAUCGAAAAUCUCAGACAUUGCCUGUUUCCCGUAACAGAACAGGAAUGAUGCAUGCCAGAUUGCAGCAGCUGAGCAGCCUGGAUAACUCUCUCACUUUUAACCACAGCUAUGGCCAUUCAGAUGCAGACGUUCUUCACCAGUCUUUACUGGAAGCAAAUACUGCCACAGAAGUUUGCCUUACAAUUCUGGAUACUCUAUCAUUAUUCACAAUGGCUUUUAAGAAUCAGCUACUGACAGAUCAUGGACAUAAUCCACUAAUGAAAAAAGUAUUUGAUGUAUACCUCUGCUUCCUUCAAAAGAAUCAGUCUGAAACAGCACUGAAAAAUGUUUUCGUUGCUUUAAGGGCACUUAUUUUUAAGUUUCCUUCUACGUUUUAUGAGGGUAGAGCUGAUAUGUGUUCUGCCCUGUGCUAUGAGAUUCUGAAGUACUGCAAUUCCAAAUUGAGUUCAAUUCGUACUGAAGCUUCGCAGUUACUGUACUUCUUAAUGAGAAAUAAUUUUGAUUACACAGGAAAGAAAUCUUUUGUUAGAACACAUCUACAGGUGAGUAUACUUUAUUUUUUGUUUGUUGUGUUUUAAAGUAUUGUGUGGUCA